CUCAUUGGUUACGGGAGCGAGCUGGAGGUAACAAGACGGGAGGUGAGGGCUGCUGGGCGAAGGAGGGAAGGAAGAAGAGUGAGGGGCUCGCCGUUGCUGUGGUGACGCCCAGGCACGUGUGCAGUCCCGGAAGUGGCUCCAGGAAGCGGCCGCACGGUGGGGGGGGAGGAAGUGCCGGCCCGGCCCGGCCAUGGAGCGGCCGCUGCCGCCGCUGCUGCCCGCGCCCCGGUCUCGACCCCACCGCCUCCUCCUUCUCCUCCUCCUGUUACUGCUGCUGCUCCCGCCCUCCGAGCUGGGCGCCUCGGCUGAGGAGACCGAUUGGGUCCGACUGCCCAGCAAGUGCGAGGUGUGUAAGUAUGUCGCUGUGGAACUGAAGUCAGCCUUUGAGGAGACAGGGAAGACCAAGGAAGUGCUCGACACCGGCUAUGGCAUCCUAGACCAGAAAGCCUCCAGAGUCAAAUAUACCAAAUCGGAUCUUCGGUUAAUUGAAGUAACUGAGACCAUUUGCAAAAGACUUCUGGACUAUAGCUUGCAUAAGGAAAGGAGUGGCAGCAACCGGUUUGCUAAGGGUAUGUCUGAGACUUUUGAAACACUCCACAACCUAGUCCACAAGGGGGUGAAGGUAGUGAUGGACAUUCCCUAUGAACUUUGGAAUGAGACUUCGGCUGAGGUAGCUGACCUCAAGAAGCAGUGUGAUGUGCUGGUGGAAGAAUUUGAGGAAGUGAUUGAGGACUGGUAUCGGAACCACCAGGAAGAAGACCUGACCUCCUUUCUCUGCGCCAAUCAUGUGCUAAAGGGGAAAGACACAAGUUGUCUGACUGAGCAAUGGAUCAGCAAGAAAGGGGACACUGCAGCCCUGGGAGGGAAGAAAGCCAAGAAAAAGGGGGGCAAGGGCAAGGCAUCCAGCAAGAAGAACAGCAAGCAGAGGAAGGAUCCGGGAAACCUCGAUGAGGACCCUCAUCCUGAGGAGGAUGAGGGUGUCCAGAAAGCCACCCCCCUCACACACAGCCCCACCGACGAACUGUAGAUUCCAACCAAGCACCCCAUCUACCGUCCUGGGGGUGCCGAGGGAAGCCCUUGUGCCUCUGGCAGACAAGGACGGACUCCCCAGCUCUGGGGGUUCACUGCACCCCCUGCUGUGCCCUUGUCCCGAUGAGGAUUACAGAGCCUGCCCUUCCUUUUCCUUUCCUGGCAGCCGCUUCUCCCUGGGGCUUGGAAGAAGAGCAGCGUGGGGGCCCCAGAGCUAAAAACUGCAUCGUGAACCUUCGAGGGAUGGGUCUGAGCAUUGCCAAGCCCUCAGGGAGGACUCAUCCCUCACUGUCCCGUGGGUGCACCCAUAUCUUCUUUCGGUGUUGGUGGUUCAGCAACGCCACCCCCCCUGUAUCAGAAACACCUUGCUCCCGGCCCCAGUGCUACCAGCAAGGCCUUCCUCCCCCCAGUCCUGGUUGAGGCUGUCUUCCCUAGUCCCUCCACAGCCAUGUGACGCCCAGUCCAGCCCUCUUCCACCCAUUUUACUGCACAGUGUGCAGAGUAAAAAAUAAUUGGCCUUUUUA